AUGGAUUCCCCCGACGAUAAACAGCCGACGGAAGUGCAGCACUCGGAACACAGUCAACUCCCUGGCCCUUCUCGGCGAGGCGGUCAGUCCAGCAGCAAAGGAGCUGAUCGCGCGCUGGCCAUCAUUGGCCAUCAAAAGAUUGAAAUUUCCGAGGAGGAGAAUCGUCGGAUCCUGCGAAAGACCGAUCGAGUCAUCUUGGUCAUCCUGGUUUGGGUUUAUUUCCUCCAGAUACUCGACAAAUCCGUGCUGGGAUAUGGUGCGACAUACGGACUCAAAGAAGACACAAACCUAAGUGGUGGUCAAUACUCUCUCAUUGGGUCCAUCGCUCCAAUCGCCCAGUUGAUAUGGCAGCCAUUUUCGUCUUAUCUCAUCGUCAAGGUGCCUCACCGUAUCUUAAUGCCCGUCCUCUGUCUCGGAUGGGGGAUCGCCCAAACCUCGAUGGCGGCGUGCAACGACUUCUCGGGACUGAUGGCCACUCGUUUCUUUCUCGGCUUGUUUGAGGGCGGCUGUUUGCCCUUAUUCAGUGUCAUCACCAGCCAAUGGUAUCGACGAGCUGAGCAGCCUAUCCGUGUUGCCGCGUGGUAUGGAACCAACGGCGCCGCCACGAUUUUUGCUGCCGCUAUUUCUUACGGACUAGGGCGAAUCGAAUCCAAAGUCUUGAGAGAAUGGCAGAUCAUCUUUCUCUUCGUCGGCCUUCUCACCGUUAUCUCUGUACCAUUCAUUUACUGGAAACUGGACAACGACAUCCUUUCUGCGAGAUUCCUGACUGAAGAAGAGAAACCCAAGGCAAUCGAGCGGCUUCGCGCCAACCAGACGGGUACUGGUAAUCGAGAGUUCAAAUGGAAACACGUCUUCGAGGCCGCUCUAGAGCCUAAAACGUAUCUCUGGUUCGGAAUGACCUUGUUGCUCAACGUAGGGGCAAGUGUUACCAACACUUUUGGUCCUCUCAUCAUAAAUGGACUCGGCUUUGACAAAUACAAGACCAGCUUACUCAACAUGCCGUUUGGUGCUCUCCAAACAAUCCUAAUUCUUCUUGCCAGUUUUUUAGCCCAGAGAGCCAAGAUAAAAGGGGCCAUAUUGGCUGUCUUCAUGCUGCCAGUUCUAGCCGGAUUGAUUAUUCUCUACUGUGUUCCACGAGAAAAAUCAGAGCAGGGGGCUCUACUGGCUGGGUACUAUCUUCUGGCCUUCAUCUUUGCAGGUAACCCUCUCAUAGUCUCCUGGAUUGUCGGCAAUACUGCUGGAACAACAAAAAAGUCAAUCAUCAUGAGUGUGUACAACGCGGCUAGCUCGGUGGGCAACAUUAUCGGCCCCAUCUUAUUCAACGAUAGAGACGCACCUGCAUAUAAACCUGGCUUACGUUCAUGCCUUGGCGUAUUCUCAGCCUUGAUUGGAGUGAUUUUAAUCCAGUGGGCCAACCUCAUUGUUCUCAAUAAGAUACAAGCUAAGGCACGCGUACGCAACGGAAAGGAGGCAGUUGUCAUUGACCGGUCCAUGCAAAACCACUACCACACAACCAGGCAUCACGAGAAUGGGUUGCUUCAAGAUGACGAGGAAGCCGGUGAGAGUGAGGAUCACCUUGGCCAAAACGCUUUCUUAGACCUCACAGACCGCGAGAAUGACGAAUUCGUGUAUAUCUAUUAA